GUACGAGAGGAACUGUAUAUAAGAAAGCAAAGAAAUAAGGAGGCCUGGCGGGUGCGUUCAGGCCCGGCCUAGCUGCCGGGUCCCUCGGGCAGGAAAGACGCGUCCUCGCGGCCUGGAACCUUGUGUGUCCGGCUCUGGCUGCCGGGGCCGCCGGCGGAAGCAUUUCAGAGUGGGACCGCGAGAAGCCGCUUGUAAACAGAGCCGGUCCGGGAUGGUCAGCGGCCGGGAGGGCUGUCACCGUGAGGCGGGCGGCGGACUACGGGAGCCAAGCCCCCGCCAGGAGCGGACUGCAGGCCCCGCAGGUGAACGGAGAGUAGCAGCCGGCGCCCAGGAAAUCAAGGAUUGGUGUGGCAUUGCUUUGACAAGUACUUCCUGUUGUCUUCACAGAGGUCUCACUGAAGAAUAAUCUCAAAGGAACAUUUGGUCUCCCUAUACAUCUGUUAAUGCCCAUUAGCCACUAGAAAAUGCUUUUAAUUACCAGGAAAACAUCAACCACCUUUGUGUUUGGCCUGCUUCAGGAAACCCAAUGAAGGUUUCUUCCAGUUGUUUCCAUAGCUCUAUUGCUGAAGCACCCCUCUUGGUUGGGUGAAUGUUCAUGAAGCCAUUUCUGGAACCAGCUUAGGAGGCUGAGGCCUCCUGGAGCCUGUGACAUGGAAGCUUUGGAAGUGGAUGAUAUCAGCCCGGCCUUAGAAGUUACAGAGGAGUUCUUUAGUACUUUGGAUAGUAAUCUAGAAAAGGCUGUGCAGCAAGCAGAGGUUUAUGGGAUCCAGGAAGUCCCUGAACUGGUGGGGCAUGAGGUACUCAGUAACAUAACAGACAAUGGUGCUAUGAGAAAUGUCACCUCCCUGGGCAAGGGGGGCAUGAUUUGGGACCACUGUAAGAGCAGGCUCUUAGAAACCAAAGCUCAAAAUGUCUUCCCUGCCAAAGAACAGUUUAUGGUCCAGAGAGGGACAACCCCAGAUAAUCUUUCCUGGAUGGAACAAAAGGAAGCAUCAACCUUUAAUUUCUUCAGUAUCUGUCAGCGUCGGAGGGACCGGCCUCGUUCUGUAAAUGACUUACUGGAUGAGACCUCAACUUUCAAGCCAGGGCAUGCUCGAUCACGAUCAGAUAUUACCCAAGUGGACUGGAGGGUGGUCCUCAAAACCACGCCUUUGCAGCAGCAGCAACAGCAGCAGCCAUCGCUUCAAGGCCCGCACGUCACCAGGUCAUCUUUUCUGUUGCCCUCACCAAAUAAGAUAGAAGAUGCUCAAGGAAAUACCGAACACAAGCAGACAUUCCCAAACAUUCUAAAGAAGGGUUACCUGGAGAUUAGAAAGGACCAUGACAGUUACUGGCAAAGCUGUUAUGCAGAACUUUCACCUUACAACUUAUACUUCUACAGCCUCGACAGCAGUGGGAAUCAAAACCUCUAUGCCACGUACCAGCUUUCACACUUCCAGAGCAUAUCUGUUUUAGGCAACCUGGAGGCCAGGAUGGUGGAUACUGUUUUGUAUGACAACACUCAGCUACAGCUAAAGGCAGAGUCACCAUGGGAGGCUUUGGACUGGGGGCAGAAGCUUUGGGAAGUCGUGCAUGCUGCUGUGCCUGGUUACAUGGGGCGGCAGAACGAGCUGACAGUCUCGCCAGGGCUCGGCCAUCAUGAUGACUAUACACAGAAUCAUUGUUUCCAGAAGAAAACCAGUGGGCUGCUGCCACCGUCCCCUGUCCUGGAUAGCUCCAAACAGUACCAAAACAUCCUCAAAUCAGGGACUCUCUACAGGCUGACUGUCCAAAACAACUGGAAGGCAUUUACAUUUGUGCUGAGCAGGGCUUACCUUAUGGCUUUUCAGCCUGGCAAGCUAGACGAGGAUCCACUGUUGAGCUACAACGUGGACGUGUGUCUGGCUGUCCAGAUGGACAACCUGGACGGCUGCGACUCUUGCUUUCAAGUCAUUUUCCCCCAGGAUGUCCUUCGCCUCCGAGCUGAGACCCGACAGAGGGCUCAGGAAUGGAUGGAGGCUCUGAAGAUAGCUGCCAAUGUGGCGAGGAGUUCAGAGCAAAACCUGCAAGUCACACUGAGGAACAAACCCAAGGAUCAAAUGGGUGGGCAUGAACUCAGGAAGAACAAACGCCAAUCUGUGACUACCAGCUUCCUGAGCAUUUUGACGACUUUGUCUUUGGAACGAGGACUCACUGCUCAGAGUUUCAAAUGUGCAGGCUGCCAGCGAUCCAUAGGUCUUUCCAAUGGGAAAGCCAAGGUGUGCAACUACAGUGGGUGGUAUUACUGCAGUAGCUGCCACGUGGAUGACAGCUUUCUCAUCCCAGCACGCAUAGUCCACAACUGGGAUACUUCAAAAUAUAAGGUGUCGAAGCAGGCCAAGGAGUUUCUGGAGUACGUAUACGAGGAGCCGCUCAUCGACAUCCAGCAGGAGAACGCCAUGCUGUACCACCAUGCAGAGCCGCUGGCCGCCGUGCUGCGGCUGCGGCAGCGGCUGAAGUCGCUCCGAGCCUAUUUGUUCAGCUGCCGGGCAGCGGUGGCAGAGGAUCUCCGCCGCAGAAUUUUCCCCAGAGAAUACCUCCUUCAACAGAUCCACCUGUAUUCCCUCGCCGACCUGCAGCAGGUAAUAGAGGGAAAGCUGGCUCCAUUCUUGGGCAAGGUCAUUAAAUUUGCCACCUCACACGUGUACAGCUGCAGUCUUUGUAGCCAGAAGGGGUUCAUCUGCGAAAUCUGUAACAAUGGAGAGAUCCUCUACCCUUUUGAGGAUAUUUCAACAAGCAGGUGUGAAAGCUGUGGAGCCGUUUUCCAUUCUGAAUGCAAAGAAAAGUCUGUCCCCUGCCCGAGGUGUGUUCGCCGAGAGCUGCAGAAGAAGCAGAAGUCUUUCUGGCAGAGACUGAACAUGGACGAGAGUCUAGAGGAGGCUUGCACCAUGUUCGAGCUGUCCUACCAGAACACCUGACUCCAGCUGACCCGAAGGCCAGGGAUUCACCAAUCAACAAUCCAUCAGCCCCAGAGCGGCUUCCUAACUAGCCAGUUAGACCCCUUUGGAAGAAGAGUAUGUCUCUUCUCCAGCUAGAUAUAGAUAUAUAUAUUUAUUUAUAUAGACACAAAUACCUGUACGUAUGCUCUGUGUACAUCAUUGUCCAGACGAUCCGCAGAACCUCUGUGGCUCGAGAAACUACCAAUAGCUGGAUUACACUUAGCCAAGAAUUUCAGCUGCUUGCUCCCAGGCAAAACGUGGUAUACACAAUGCUUUAUAGUUCAGACUUUUUUUUUUUUUUCUGUCUCUUGGGACAUUUUAUUACCCAAGACACAAGAGGAAGCAUUUCCUGCACAAAACAGUGCUUUAGGUUAUUUUUGUGUUAUUUAUUUUUAGCCUUCACAGAGGCUGAGGUAACUGAGGCAGGCACCCAUCAUCAUCUGUUUCAAAAGAAAACCUUCAAAACACAAGAGACUGCUGGGUCCUUCCAGGACCCAGUGUCCGUGGCGCUCCCGCCUCAGUUCCUCCUGCGGAGGCAGGGAGUCACAUAAGCAGAGCCGAUGGCUGGAAACAGGAGCCAAGUCCCCUCUGACAGAAAGCAUACAACCCUCAUUUAUGAGGAGGGAUGGUUCUGGUUUUGAAGUUAAUCUCAGAAGUUUUUUUCCUGAGAAGAGAAGAAACCUCUGCGACCAAUAACUGCGUGUUGUCGGUCUGUUCGCCGGUACGAAUCCCAUCACCCGCCUAAUGAUGUGACGCUCCACCGUGUUUUCCAGGCUGUACACAUGGCUUUCUUAACAGUUUUCAACGGGUGCCCCUGGUUGAUAUCUGUGAUUUUUUUCCUGUUGCUGGCCGGAGGAAAUGUCCUGGGGUGGUUGUUAAAGACAUCGGCGUGUAGCCUGGUAGAUAAGGCUAUCUGGUACGUAUAUUCACAGAGAGGGUUGUUUUAGUUUCUUUUCUCAGAAUCCUGUGGAGGCAGUUCCUACCUAUUCAUUUUAAGUGGUUUAUUUCUCGUUGUUCUUCUUGCACUUUCAUUUCAACCUUUGUCAAUGUGACCAUUCUUGCUUUCUCAUUUUUUGUUUAAAAAAUCAGAGUAACGUGGAACUUCAAAAUACCAACUUUGGACUAUUAAGAAAAUACAGACUUACAAGUAUAAUUAAUGAAUUAGAUCUAAUAUUAUUUAAAUAAAUAUAUAUACACACACAGACAUAUAUAAUUGCCACCUUGAAGUAAAACAAAGAGUGCUAAAAUAAAUAAUAGGAGUAAGAAAGAGAGCUGCUUUGCUAUUUGGCAGGUAGCGUUCUCCUGCUGCAGUGCCCUUGGAAGAGUGCGUGGCAGUCACUGACCAAAAUGGCAGGUAGGACAGCCCUGGGACCCUGACAGCUCCCAUUGCUUCCCCUUAACUCUCCCUAGAGGAAGAAAAUACGUUUAUAAUGGAACAGUUCUCAGUAGACUUUAUGAGAAGAUUCUGUAUCUUUCGCGCUGAGCAGAUGCCUUCUAUGUCUUCAUGGUUUAGUAGUUUUGCUGCUAUUAGGAUCAGUGGCUCACAACAUACUUGGUACAUUCAACCCCAUUGCUCCUUUCCCCCACACGCUGCUUCCCCAAGACCCCAACUCAUGAUACUUCCGUCCAUCUAGAGAUGUGACAUUUCAGACUGACUUUUGUGCAGUUAGAUGUAAGCAUUUUACCUCUCAACCCACACCAGUUCCUUUGGCCCCAGACCACACAUUUCACCUUAAUAGCUCAACACCAUGCAUGCAUUUAUUUUCUGACUAUACAGUAGCCGCAACCAAGGCUUGAAAACUUGUUAAAAGGCCAGGGCCCUAUUCAUGAGAUGCCUCACGGUGCCUUUUACCCUUAGGAAAGCAGGUUGACUUUUCCCCCACUCUAGUUAAAGAGAAUGUUGCACACAAAAGAAAAAGAGUGGAAAAUCUCAAACACUUGGCAACAGGCAAACAAAUUUGAUCAUCUCCUUUCCUCCUCCCCUUGGUAAAAUACAGUAUUUAUAUUUUCCAGCCUCAGAGAAGAUAGCAGAACAUGAUCUUUCACAAGAGAAUUAUAGACCUGCUUAUUAUAAAACAGAUGUGCUCCCAUGGCAAAGUGCCUUCUCCCUCCGCCCCCAGCUCCCUGUCACUGUAGCUUACUUUUGCCUUCGCUGUAAUUAAUGUAUCCGUGAUUCCAACUGUCAGCGAGGCCAUUCCUAGCACACUGCAUUUGGAGACCUGAAGUGCAGGGCCAUCUCCUCCCCUUGUAACAUGUUUGCCCUGCGUACAGAAUUUCCUCUCCUAGCUCACAGGCACCCAGGGUCAUACCUGCCGAGAGUCCAGGGCAAAAUUCUGGAUCCCUGUUCAAAACAUACUUGUUUUCACCAGUCCCCAUUUAGAGGGCCCUGCUAAAUAUGAGCAGUCCCUGUGAACUCCUAAGGAGGACUUUCCACCCACAUCAUUUUCUGCUUAUUUUCAAAAGGGAAACAAAAAAUCGAUGUGUUAUCACGAUCAGCUACCCAGAGCUGGGUCCAUGUCCAGCACUCCUGUUUCCUCUCCUUUUCAUACAACCCUGACAGCUUGGUCGGUGCCAGCCACAGGCCUAUGACAUUCUCUGCCACCACCACCAAAAUCUGAUAGGACAGAGUGGAGCCAGCUUAGGAGUUGGGUCUGCCAUGAAAAUUCAAAAUUGCUGUUUUCAGCCCAGAAUGCCUUGGCGCACAUGAACGCCCUUACUGUUUUCAACUCUAACAAAUUACUUGGUGCACUGUUAGGUAAUUGUUCCACUGCUUAGAAACUGUCGAAACAAAAGCAAAUCUGUGGAUUACCACCUCUUUCAAACCAAACUAAUACCUGCUUUUCCUCGUGUUCCAUUUUUCAUCCCAUAUUAAAUAUCUUACACAUAAAACAUAUGAAAAAAUGGCCAAUUAAUCUCCUGGAGCUGGCAACUGACUCCAGGGAACCGCUUUUUGCUGAAAGGUUCAUUCCCUAGUGUAUCACUUGAGGAAAUCCCUCCUAAAAGUGCCAGAAACUCAUGUGUGAGAUCGUCCAACCCUGGUAAAAUGUUGGCAUCUAACCCCGCAGUAAAGAAGCCAGUUCCUAAAAUAGACCUCAUUUUGCACCGCGGCAGGAAGGCCACAAAGUACUUAAAAAGCAGUCAACUGGAGUGGGAGUAGUGUUCUUUCCAGGCCCGCUUUUUCCAAAGUUAAAAGCCUCUUUAUAUGAAAACCAUGUAAACGCUCAGCGGCCCCCUUUGCUUCACUGCCUUUUCGAGGGAGUGCAUUAUAGUCAUUUUUACGUCUGUAGUGCUAAAGGGUCACCUAGUUAGGAGCUUUAACGUUGGAUUCACUGAGUGGGUCAUCGCUUUUUGAUUCUUCUAGAGUAGGCCUCCACCAAGAAGGGAAUACGUCUAAUACUUGGGAUCUGUGGUUUGUGACACAAGUGGUAUCCCUCAGACUCCUGAAAAGGGACUAUGCUGUGACUUCCUUCCGGCUGCAGUGAGAUCCGAGGUGUUCACACCACCCUAGUUGCCGAAUGCAGCCUUUGCUCAGCUAGAGUGCGUCCUUUGACGGAGCCUGGCCUCUAUUUUUGUCUCUGUGUGUUGUGUGUACACACUGAACAUGGACAUCGGAUAGUUCUUUUCUGUGCCUCCUCAGAGAGGCUUGGCUUCCAAACCUGGGAGUUUGUUCUCUACCCAUUGGCUAAAAAAGGCCGUCCAUAAAUUAAUAUAUCCAGGUGGGACUAGCACGAUGCCACGCACACUGAACAUUUUCUGCAGAGGGGCAUUAGCAGAGGAAGUAGAGACGCAUUCUGGUCCUCCUUUAGAGUCAAGCCAGUGCUGUUGCUCGUGUGUGCACAAUUAUUCAUCUCCAUUGAUCUGACACACUCUCUUGAAAUCACUAGAUUAUGAAACAUCUUCACCUCCUGAUCCCAAUACUGCCUGGUUUCAACACAGGGAUUAUUUUAUUUUUUUACUUCUCCUAGUAAAUAGAGAUGUGUAUAAUUUUUGCCCAUUUUAUUUCUUGAGUUGUCUGCACCACUUCUUUUUACUCUGAAAUAAUGUGAAAAUGUGAAGUUGGAGCAAGACCUUGAAAGAGCCUCCCUCCUUGGCGUGACCUGAAUCGGUAGCGGCACUCUCCGUUUCCCCUGCCUCCGUGUCGCUUGUUAGUGACGGGCAUUAGGAGCUUCAUAUGUUGCACACCUUGUACCACUCUUCCGACCCUGAGUCAAGUAGAGCUGUCUGCUCGAGGUCGAAUCUAGUGACGGGUGACUAAGCUCUGCUCAGUUAAUGUAAACAGACAAGUGUUGAUUACUGUCAUGUGGAACGGUGUUUCAACAGUUAAGUCUAGCACCCAGCAGUCUCCUUAUUGGUAGAUGAUUCUAAUUUCAUUGGAUUAAAAAAUCUCUGACUCAAGGGUCUUUCCUUAGUGUGUUUUAAUGGGUGCAUGGCUGAGGGAAAAUCCAAGUCAUUGUUAAACUCUAAGUAAAAGACAAGAGUAUGGGAUACCCUCCUAAGCAUGCCGGUAGUUGUCAGUUUUAUUUAAAGUGGGUUCCACUUGGCCAGGAUUGGUGGCUCAUGCCUGUAAUCCCAGCCCUUUGGGAGGCCAAGGCAGGCGGAUCACUUGAGGUCAGGAGUUUGAGACCAGCCGGGCCAAAAAUGGUGAAAAUCAGGUCUAUACUAAAAUUUAAAAAAUUAGGCUGAGCAUAGUAGCUCAUGCCUGUAAUCCCAACACUUUGAAGGCUGAGAUGGGUGAAUCACUUGGGGUCAGGAGUUUGAGGCCAGUGUGGCCAACAUGGUGAAACCCCCUCUUUACUAAAAAUACAAAAAUUAGCCAAGUGUUGUGGUGGAUGCCUAUAAUCCCAGCUACUUGGGAGACUGAGUCAGGAGAAUCGCUUGAACCCGGGAGGCAGAGGUUGCAGUGAGCCGAGAUUGCGCCACUGCACUCCAGCCUGGGCGACAGAGCAAGACUCCAUGUCAAAAAAAAAAAAAAAAAGUAAGCUCCAAAUGAUCAUGUUUUGUGGCACUGUCCUCAUAAAGUGGCCGCUGGUGUGAUGGAAAGCAUUGCUAAACUCAAGUGAGACAACUGCUGUUUUGCUUUGGAUUUUCCCUGUGAAAAGAGAAGCCACUGGCUGCUCGUCUUGUUAGAAAGACAAGACUUUGAAUGAAGUUCCAGACGUUGAAUGAAGCUAGUUGUUGCCCAGGGUAGAAGAUUCAGGCAUCUAUGGCAACUCACAGCAACUCCUAACUCUUAGGAGGGCUCCCUCCUAUUGGCCAUGAAGCUGCAAACCAGCCUCUCUCUUUUCCCCGGAUCUUCCUUGCCCCUAGUUCUGAGCCCCAGCCCAGAGGCAGGCCUCAUGGCUAAUAAACCAGCUAGAGGACAGCUGGGGCCUGUGGCUCCUUCUCCAUGUUGGCCUUCCCUUGUGUCUCUUGUCCCUGUAGGAGUGCCUGGUAGUACUGUCUCGUGCUUCUAGUCUAGUCUGAACCACUUGAAGUCUGCAGGACCCUUCAGCUAAAUCUGGAUCCGUUUGCUUCUUCCCUGCUGGCUACUCUUCAUAUAGAUGCUCUUGGAGCCUAUGCAUUCCAUGAUGCAUGUCAGAACUCUCACUUUGUUCAGCCUGGUGUGCCUUAACCUCAGCAGUAAAGGGAAUCAUGUCGGAAACACAUCGUUAAAGUAGAAUGGUACAAACAUUGGCUUCUUAGUGCCAUUAGCACUUUUGCCAGGAAAUACAAAAGAUACAACCACAUAAUGUUUUCACUUUGUUUUAUGCUGUUCUUAAAUCUCUUUUUGUUUAUUUGUUUGUUUGCUUUCAUUAACCAAACUCAGGGGAAUGUCAUGAUGUCACCAAGGCCAAUGGGUAGAGAAAUAAAAACCAGCCAUCCAGAAUUGAAUCUGUAAAGUCAGUGAACUUAGCCUUUUCAGGUUCAAAAUUACACAAACACAAGGAUUUUCUUAUCCUUCACCUUUCAAAGAUUUUCUUUUUAUGUUGCCACCUGUUUUCCAAAUAAGAAGUGGAAAGCCUCUUAGAUAAAUUGUGAUAAAAAUGUCUCUUUGUUUGGCGUGAGCUAUCAAAUUAACUUUGUGUGUCCACUGAGCCAUCAAAUUAGGCUUUGGCUGCUAGAGGCCUAGGUUCUAGCUUUGGUCACCUAUCAGAAUCUUACUGUUACGCUGGGCAUGGUGGCAUGUGCCUACAGUCCCAGCUAUUUGGGAGGCUGAAGUGGGUAGAUUGCUUGAGCCCAGGAGCCUGUGCAAUAUGGUCAGACCCAUCUCAAAAAACAAACAAAAAAAGAAGUAGAGGCCGGGCGCGGUGGCUCACGCUUGUAAUCCCAGCACUUUGGGAGGCCGAGGCGGGCGGAUCAGGAGGUCAGGAGAUCGAGACCACGGUGAAACCCCGUCUCUACUAAAAAAAUACAAAAAAUUAGCCGGGCGUGGUGGCGGGCGCCUGUAGUCCCAGCUACUCGGAGAGGCUGAGGCAGGAGAAUGGCGUGAACCCGGGAGGCGGAGCUUGCAGUGAGCCGAGAUUGCGCCACUGCACUCCAGCCUGGGCGACAGAGCGAGACUCCGUCUCAAAAAAAAAAAAAAAAAGGAAUAGUAGCUAAAAGAAGGAAUGGUCAAAGGAGGGAAAGUGGCUGGCCGCAGCGGCUCACACAUAUAAUCCCAGCUCUUUGGGAGGCCGGGGUGGGAGGAUCACUGGAGCCCAGGAGUUCAAGAAAAGUCUGGGCAAGAUAGCAAGACCAUCAUCUCUUAAAAAAAAAAUAUAUAUAUAUAUAUAUAUAUUGCACUCCAGCCUGGGUGACAGAGCACGACUCUGUCUCAAAAAUAUAUAUAUAUAUAUAUAUAUUUUUUUUUUUUUAAAGGAGAGAAAAUGCUUAGGUUGCAAAUGGAGAGUAUUGAACAUGGUGACGUAAAAAACUUCUGCACAACUUGUUCUCUAGCUCCUGGGUCAGGUCUAUGCCAUUUUUUCUUAUAUCUGCUCACACAGUACAGAAAUGACUAAAAUUUUGGGUCUGGGCUGUUACAUCACUUUAUGUUAAGUUAUUUGUAGUAGCUAAUGUGCUAACUUAUAUAUGUGUUCUUUCUGUUUUUUGGAUUUUAUUACCUUUUGUUUUGGCAUAACUUAUCUAUAUUUUUGUUUACAUUAUUUAAAAAAUAUCAGUAACUGUAAUAAUAUAAAAUUGAAGUUGUAUUGUUGACAAUACCUCUAGUUUUUAAGUUCAUCUGUCACAUAAUUUAAGUGCACCAGUUCCUAAUGUAUAAAGUUCUCUCUCUCAAUAAACAAUGCAGAAAAUA